AUGUCCACCAGCACUGCCAGCCUUCACUUUGUUAUGCCUCCUGGACUCGAGAGAUUCCAUCGCUUCGGCGACCUUCCCUACGAUAUACGACACAAAAUCUGGGAGAUGGCCAUAUUCACACCUGGCAUCCACUUCCUAAAGUUCGAACGGACUCACUUGCCAGACACUGGCCUAUCUGAUGACUCAGACUCGGACUCGGACUCGGACGCGGACUUGGAAUCAGACGAUGGAGAGCCUCAGCCCCAGGACCCUAGAAGGCCAGGGGACAGCAAAACCAUCGCAGUGCCAUCCAGGAAGUUCUCGGCCAGCCUGAGACCGAUCUUCCCUUUACCGGCGGCUGAUAUGUCGUACUAUAUCACCGCAACCCAGACGCUCACCCAGCUGACACUCGCCUGCAACGAAUCUAGGCACGAGGUAGAGGUUGUGGUACGAAAGCCGAACAACCUUCUUCUCGACAACGGUCGUCUGAUCUCCCUGGACUCGUCCUCGGAUAUUAUCUGCAUCGACUAUCCGGACCUGAUGAACGCGCGCGGCCUCUCCCGCUGGGCCGAUACCCUGGACCUGGACCAGCUGGCCGCGAUCCGGCGCCUCGCCGUGCGGUACCAUCCGGACUGGGAUCAGACACGGCGCCUCUGCCACCUGUGCGGGCGCUACCACGGCGGCGUACGUAAGGAGCUGCCCCGUCGGCAUCUGUACCAGUUCGCGGCCCUGUUCCGCAACCUGAAGGCCUUCUACUUCGUCGACCACCUCAUCGUUCGCAAGCCGUUCCUCGACGAGAGAGAGCAUGCGGACCCGCGCUGGCUGGGGCCUCACGACCGACGCAAGGUCAUGGAUAUUGUUGCUCCUCGCGGCGCCCACAGUGGCAAAGGCGAGCGAUUCCAGAGCGGGGGCCGCACAUACUACGAGAUUGAUCGCGAACUAUGCCAGGUCUGCAAGGUACACUCGCAUGUGUUCAACAGACUGCAAUGGGUACAGGAGAAUUUCAUUACGCACUGCGAGAAGAGCCUGGAGUUACAUCCUAGUCCGAGAAUGGUUCGCUUCGGGGUUCUGGCGUGCGAAUGGGAGCAGGAGAAGCUGGUCCAGGACCAGACACAACCAGCUGCAUUGCCAAGAAAGACGCAUAAGCUGCAUCGCGGACGCCAUGCCCCUGGAGAUCCGAACCUCGUCAACGCCAUGGCGGCACUGGCGCUGGAUGGCCAGGGGCAAGAGUUGAUCAGACAAGCAGGAAUUCCGGUCGUCUUUGGGGACCAAGGAGCAUCCAAAUACGACUUCACGUUUUCGGUGGAGAUGUGA